AUGGCGGCAGUGGAUGUGCGAGAUAACCUCUUGGGAAUUUCCUGGGUGGACAGUUCCUGGAUUCCAAUCCUAAACAAUGGGAGUGUGUUGGACUACUUCUCGGAGCGAAGUAACCCAUUCUACGACCGAACAUGUAAUAAUGAAGUUGUCAAAAUGCAGAGGAUGACCUUGGACCAUCUGAACCAGAUGGUUGGAGUGGAGUACAUUCUUCUUCAUGCUCAAGAGCCCAUUCUCUUCAUUAUCCGAAAGCAGCAAAGGCAAUCUCCAACACAAGUUAUUCCAUUGGCUGACUACUACAUUAUUGCUGGAGUGAUUUAUCAGGCACCUGAUCUAGGGUCUGUUAUUAAUUCCAGAGUUCUCACUGCAGUGCAUGGGAUUCAGUCUGCUUUUGAAGAAGCAAUGUCUUACUGUCGCUAUCACCCAUCAAAAGGCUAUUGGUGGCAUUUCAAAGAUCAAGAGGAACGAGAGAAAGCUAAACCAAAAGCCAAGAAGAAAGAAGAACCAAGUUCUAUUUUCCAAAGGCAACGGGUAGAUGCUUUGCUUCUAGACCUAAGACAAAAGUUUCCACCCAGAUUUGUUCAGCAAAAGCCUGGAGAAAAACCUAUCCCAGUGGAUCAAAUCAAGAAGGAACCAGAACCAGCCCCUGAAGCUGUCAAGCAAGAGGAAAAAGAGACUGUAAAGAAUGCUCAGCAGAGUGCUAGCGCUAAAGGACCACCUGAAAAACGGAUGAGACUCCAGUGAAGGGAGAAGUUGUUACACGUCUGGAUUAGUAGCUGGAAAACAGCAGAUUCCUGCUUCCCUUUCUUCAUAUUUAAGCUCUUCAACUAAGACUGCCAAUUCAGGGAUUGAAGUCCCUGUAACAGCUUUUUCUGUAGAAGCCUGUCACAAAAAUGUUAAUGGCAGGAUGUGACUUGCCUCAAAGAAGGUGUUUCCAGUUUUUGUCUUAUUUUGAACGUUGACUCCUGGGAAUGGGUCUUACAGGGAUGUAUUUUGUGGUCUCCUGAAAGCUACAAAUUCCUUCAUCCCUUGUGUCUUGGUUUCCUGUGUAAAAAGAAAAACUUUUAUUAAAAAAUCUGAAUUCUCAGCAAAUAAAAUCUUGGCUGCUAC